GGCGCAUUUAUGCUUGUUUGAGAAUAUGGAUGAACAGAAUUGAGAUAGGAUAGAAUAUAAACAUGAUAAUUGGUUGUAAGUCGACAUUAUUCAAUGCCGGAAUAGUAACUCCGGCGACUUGUAAUAAUGCGAUUUCAGCACCCCCUUACUAUAGAUACGAUAAUAGCUACUGCUCAUUCCGGAGCUCUUAUUAUAAUACAUAUUCUUUGAAUUUGAAGAAGAAGAAGAAGAAAAAGAAAAGACUCCAAUGUGCAUGCUGCUCUUUAGUGCUUCCUCUUCUUCCCUUUCCUUUAGAACAGGUGCUUGUUCCGUCGGAGACCAAGACACUUCAUCUGUAUGAGGCAAGAUAUCUGCAACUCCUCGAGGAGUCUGUUUCUAGGCAGAAGAACUUUUUUGUGCACUUUGUGUUGGAUCCUAUAGUAGUUGGUUAUGCAACAUCAGGACCUUCUUUUGCUGCUCGAUAUGGUUGUUUGUCUGUAAUAGAGAAAGUGGAGCGACUAGAUGUUGGUGCCUUGGUCUCUGUAAGGGGGGUAGGCCGUGUCACAAUUGCAAAAUUUGAGCAGUCCGAGCCCUACUUGAAGGGAAUGGUCCUACCACUUCAGGAUAAUGUACCAGAUGACCUUAGCAAUAUUAGCAAGAAGGUGCUGGAAUUGAAGAAAGCACUUCACAGUUUAAAUAGCUUGGAAAUAAAGUUGAAGGCCCCCAAGGAGGCAGCUCUGCAGACUCAGACAGCUAACUCAUUAUCUUGGUCUGAGAAAGAAUUUCUAGUAGAUUGCGAGAAAUAUUUUUUACCAUCCAUUGCCGAGCGUGUAUCCUUUGCAGCACUUCAACCUAUCUCAGGAACAUCUCAGUCAGAACUGCUAGAGCUGCAGAAAGAAAAGUUAAACGCAAUGGAUAUCAAAGAGACACUUGAAAGGCUGGAAAUGAGUUUGAAGCUUGCAAAUAACAACAUAUCUGUGGUUGUAGCAAAGCUUGCUAUUCAGUCCUUGAAUCUGCAGUAAAAUAGAAUCACGGAUGGAAUUGUACCUUAGCCAGGGGAGAUAAUAAGCACAAGGAUUGCUGCUCUGUAUCAGUGCAAGCAAUAGAUUUCAGUUAUGUACAAAUUACUCCUUUUUUGUUGAAUACAAUUGCUGCUUCUGUAAGAACUUGAAUGGAGAAAGAACAAAUUAAUAGAUAACACGUGUAUGUAUGUUGCUUUAGACUA